UGCACAUGAUGAAGGCCUAUAGCUUGCGCACUCUUCUCAUAGGUCACAACACCACACUAACAAAGGAUUGAUGCACGCAAACACACACACACACACACACACACACACACUGGUGUCCAUAAAUCAAGUGCAGACUGUGUUCUUUAACAAGAACACCCAGAAACAUGUAUGCGCCCCGAUCAUGCGGUCUUGACCCUCUUGUGUUCCUGCAUGCAUGAUGGCGGUUAGCAGCUGCCGAGCAGAUCCAUGUUUUCCUCCGCUCACGUGUAGCGGCUGCUCUGCAGCGCGCGUCAAGCUGUCGCUAAAGCCGAGAGGAGAGCUCAUUAUGGGAACUGCUCCUGCUGUCCUAUUAUCAGCUACAGCCAAGCAGUACGUCUCCACUCAUCUCCAGCCAUGGCUCCGAGUGACCGCUGUCUUCACAACACCAAACUGAGAGGAAAGUGUUUUUAAGCCGCUCGUCAUGAAACGAGGAAGGACAGGUUUAAAAUCAAAGUGCCAGACCUUCCCCUGCCAUGAGGAGAGGGCUAAGAGACAGAAGCGGGGUGCGUCCAGCUUCACCCUGACUCCAGCAGAGGACUGGGGUAAUCUGCCCCACCACAUCGUCCUGCAGAUCUUCCAGCAUCUGUCCCUCGUAGACCGGGCCAGGGCCUCGUCUGUGUGCCGCUGCUGGAAUGACGUCUUUCACACCCCUGACUUGUGGAGGAGGUUUGAGUUUGAGCUCAAUCAGCCGGCUACGUCUUAUCUGCGCUCUACUCACCCUGACCUCAUUCAGCAGAUCAUCAAGCGGCACGCCCAGCACCUGCAGUAUGUCAGCUUCAAGGUGGACAGCUGCACAGAAUCUGCAGAGGCAGCCUGUGACAUUCUCUCCCAGCUGGUGAACUGUACCAUUAAGACCCUGGGGCUGAUUUCCACAGCACGGCCCAGCUUCAUGGACGUGUCUCAGGCCCACUUUGUGUCUGCACUGACAGUGGUGUUUGUCAACUCCAAGUCCCUGUCCUCUAUCAAAAUUGAUGAUACACCAGUGGACGACCCAUCCCUGAAGGUGUUGGUUGCCAACAACAGUGACACCCUGAAGUUGCUGAAGAUGAGCAGCUGUCCUCAUGUUUCCCCAGCAGGUAUCCUGUGUGUUGCAGAUCAGUGCCAUGGACUCAGGGAGCUGGCACUGAACUACCAUCUCUUGAGCGAUGAGCUCCUGCUUGCCCUGUCCUCUGAAAAACACGUCCACUUGGAGCACUUGCGCAUUGACGUGGUGAGCGAAAACCCUGGCCAGACACACUUUCACACCAUCAAAAGAAGCAGCUGGGAGGCUUUGGUUCGACACUCACCCAAGGUCAACAUUGUUAUGUACUUCUUCCUCUAUGAGGAGGAGUUUCAGCCCUUCUUCUGUGAGGAGACUCCUGUCACCCACCUCUACUUUGGCCGGGCAGUCAGCAAAGAGGUGCUGGGCCGCAUCGGACUUAAUUGCCCUCGGUUGGUGGAGCUGGUAGUGUGCGCCAACGGCCUUGAGCCCCUGGAUGAGGAGCUGAUCCGUAUCGCUGAACGUUGCAAAAGCUUGACAGCCAUCGGGCUUGGUGAGUGCGAGGUGACCUGCAGUGGCUUUGUGGAGUUCGUAAAGAUGUGCGGGGGCAGGCUGACACAGCUUUCAAUCAUGGAGGAGGUGUUGAUCCCAGACAGCAGCUACAACAUGGAGCAGAUCCACAAUGAGGUGUCCAAACACUUGGGCCGCAUGUGGUUCCCUGAUAUGAUGCCCACCUGGUAGGCUGACAUGAAGCCAGAGUGGAGAAUGACACUUAAAAGUCAUUUUGAUAGAGUGUCCACACUGUCAGACAAUGUAACGUUUAACUACAGUAUCAGACUGCAGUGUGAUGUGCUCUUUUUGGACACAGAGUAGGUGAGAUACAGCUGCUCUGUCAGCAUGUUGUUGGCCGGCUUACUAGGUCAUUUCUCAAGCUGUGAUGUUUUUUUAAUGAAAAUGUUUUUCUCACUUAAAAACGUUGGCAGAUGGAUUUCUGUCUGCCUUCCUUGUGAACUACCUGCUUUCUUUGAUAGCAUAUACAGUACAUGUUGUGACAUGAUGUUUUUGAUGAAGUUGUUCUGUGAAGGAUGCAUUUCCAGACACUAACUGCAGCCUUUUAACCAUUGUGUGCAAAGGAUGCUGAUCUGCCAUCUGCUGGUUGCUUCUGUUAAAAGCAUCCCACUUCAUUAUUUAUCUGGACUCCACCAUCUGACACACAGAACUGACUUUGUGAAGGACAGUUGCACUUUCAUGU